AGUCUCACCAUCAAUGACGUCACUCCCGACGAUGAGGGCGCCUACCUGUGCCAGGCCAACAACGGCGUGGGCAGUGGGCUCAGCAAACUGGUCCAGCUCAAAGUGCACGUGGGCGCCCACUUCGCCCACAAGUUUGGGUCCCAAACGGUGACCAAAGGACAGGACGUAUGGAUAGAGUGCUUAUCUCUGGGAGAGAAUCCCAUUGCGAUUGUCGUCACCAGAGAUGGCAUUCCUUUCGACCCAAACAUUGAUAACAGAUAUGAAGUCAUAAGGAAUGAGACGAACGACGCCUUUGGGCUCAGACUUCACAUCCGAGACACCAAUCGCAGGGACAGCGCUCUCUACACCUGUAGUGCACACAACAGGUAUGGCAGCGAUGAGUACAACCACCAGAUCAUUGUCCAGGAACCGCCGGAUAUACCGGAAAACGUGAGGAUAAGUGAGAUCUCCUCCCGAAGUGCACUCAUCUCAUGGAUGGAGUCCUUCACCGGAAACACUAUUUUAACGAAAUAUCGGUUAGAAUUGAAAACAUCUGCCAAUAGUUGGCAAUCGAGUGAUACGUCCGUCGAAACCAUCGCUGGAAACGAGAAUUCAUUCACAAUUAGAGGACUCAAACCCAUCACUAGUUAUCACAUCAGAGUUAGGGCUCAAAACAAGUUGGGAUUCAGUGCUUACUGUCCGGACAUACACUUCACGACCCAAGAGGAAGAGCCUUCCGGCCCUCCACUACAUAUCCAAGUGUUUCCAUUGAGCGCCCGAUCCCUUGCCGUGACAUUCAGAGCACCGGCACCUGAGACGAGGAACGGCCGCAUUCAGGGCUACUAUUUGGGGUAUAAGGCGCUGGAAAUGGACACAAACUUUAUGUUCAAAAAGCUGGCGAUCAAUGAGUUGUCAAACGAUGGGAACCAACAAAACGAAGUGAAUAUCACAUCACUUAUGGCUAACACUAAGUACGCGAUUGUCGUCCAAGCCUUCAACGGGUAA